AUGGCCGCGUCGGCGGUGCGGCCCUUCUGCUUGCUUCGCCAUCUGCAACGCCGCUGCUUCUCCUCCGCCUCCACCACCACCGCCAACGAAACCCCUCUCCAGCGCUCCAUCCGGUCCGCCGUCGGAUCCCGGGACUACCUCCAAAUCCCCAACCUCCUCCACUCCAACCCGAACCCUAAUCCUAAUCCUUUCUCCUACCUCUCCCUUCUCCCCCCGACCCUCGCCGCCCGCAUCCCCGGCCAUAAUUUCCCUUCCUCCGUCUUCCUCUCCAUCGCCCUCGCCGUCCUCCAGGCCACCCUCCGCUCCGGCGCUCCCCCUCCCCGCGAGACCCGCGUCUCCCUUCCCCUCUCCUGGCUCCAUCUCCGCCUCCGCCGCCGCUGCCGCUCGGUCGCCGGCAUCAUCUCCUCCCUCCGCCCCCUCGGCUUCCGCCUCGACCUCAACACACUCAAUUACUUGCUUUCAUCUCUCUGCGCCGCCGGCGAGCCCGCCGAGGCCCUCGCCGUCCUCCGCGGCAUGCCUGCCGCCGGGAUCGACCCGGACUCGGAGAGUUACUGCACGGUGAUCGAGGAGGCGGAUGAUGCGGCCGUGGCGGAGGCGCUGCUAAUCGAGAUGGUGGUGGAGGAGGGGAUGACGCCGAGGAAGGGGACCGUGGCGCGGGUGGUGACGGCGAUGCGGGCGGAGGGGGAGGUGAGGAGGGCGGCGGAGAUGGUGAAGUUUCUGGAGGGGAAGGGGUGCGCGGUGGGGUUCGAAGCGUACGAGGCGGUGGUAGAGGGGUGCGUGGAGAGCGGGGAGAUGGUGCUGGCGGCGCGGGUGGUAGCGGAAAUGACGCGUAGGGGGUUCGUGCCUUACGUCGGCGUGCGGCAGAGGGUGGUGGAGGGACUGGCGGCGAUCGGGCAGGGGGAGCUCGCCGGCGCCGUGAGGCAGAGACUGGCGGAAAUCGGGUCUUGA